AGUCUCUAGUAUAUAGCUAUGGAAGGAGUUUCAAUGGAUUUGCGGCAAAGUUAUCAGAUGAAGAAGUUGAAAAAUUAUCAGGUGAGCUGUCGAACGAAUGGUACCGGGAUUUAGGGUUUUAUUAGCUUCGUUCGAUCGAUGCUGAAUAGGAUCAAAUGUUUCUGCAGACAUGGAAGGUGUUGUUUAAGUCAUUCCAAAUCACAUUUUAAAGCUUCACACUACAAGGUCAUGGGACUUCAUGGGUUUCUCUAAAGGCAAACUUGGAGCACCCUUGGAAGGAAAUGUUGUUAUCGGUUUUCUGGACACAGGAAUCUGGCCAGAAUCUGAUAGCUUCAAUGAUGAAGGAAUGAGCGCUCCACCUGCUAAAUGGAAAGGAAAAUGCAUUGGUGCCAACUUCACCUGCAACAACAAACUCAUUGGAGCCCGGUGGUACAACAGCGAGAACUUCUUUGACAUUACUGACUUCCCAUCCCCUAGAGACUCCGAGGGACAUGGAACCCAUACUUCUUCAACAGCAGCUGGCCGUGAGGUGCAAGGAGCAAGCUACUUCGGUCUAGCUGAAGGAGCUGCAAGAGGUGGAGUUCCCAAUGCAAGAAUUGCUAUGUACAAAGUUUGCUGGUCGUAUGGAUGCUCAAGUGCAGAUAUCCUCGCAGCAUAUGAUGAUGCCAUAGCAGAUGGUGUUGAUAUUAUAUCUGUGUCCCUUGGUUCCGACUUUCCAUUCCCAUAUAUGGAAGAUCCCAUCGCCAUUGGAUCUUUCCAUGCCAUGAAAAACGGUAUACUGACCUCAAAUUCUGCUGGAAAUUCUGGACCCUAUCCAUAUUCAGUCUCCAACUGCGCACCAUGGACAUUGACGGUAGCUGCCAGCACCAUUGACAGGAAGUUUGUUGCACAAGUUGUCCUAGGCAACGGACUAGCCUUAAGUGGACUCUCGAUAAAUAAUUUUGAUCUCAACGGGACCACAUAUCCAUUGAUUUGGGGAGGAGAUGCAGUUAACUUCUCAGCAGGUGUUAACACGGAAAUUGCAGGCUAUUGCUUUCCUGGAGCUCUCAAUUCAUAUAAAGUGGAGCGGAAGAUUGUUCUCUGUGAUACGAUGGUGACUGGUUCUGACAUUCUGAUCGCUAAUGGUGUGGGUGUCAUAAUGUCAGAUUCAUUUUACAGUGUAGAUUUUGCUUUCAGUUUCCCGGUACCAGCAACAGUAAUCAGCAAUGAAGAUAGAGUCAAAGUCUUGAAUUACAUCAGAACAACAGAGAAUCCGACCGCAACUAUUCUGGUUGCUCAGGGUUGGAAGGAUGUUGUGGCUGCUUCAGUUGUAUCGUUUUCUUCGAGAGGACCAAACCCGAUCACCCCAGAUAUUCUCAAGCCUGAUAUCACUGCCCCUGGUGUGGACAUCCUCGCUGCCUGGUCACCUGUGGCACCUCCUUCUAUCGACUACAAGGACACCAGGAGCGUGAAUUUCAACAUUAUCUCCGGUACGUCCAUGUCUUGUCCACACACUAGUGCUGCUGCUGCCUAUGUGAAGGCUGGCCACCCUAACUGGUCUCCUGCUGCCAUUAAAUCAGCCCUCAUGACAACAGCUACUAUAAUGGACCCGAGGAAGCACGUUGACCUUGAGUUUUCUUACGGAUCUGGUCAGAUCAAUCCAGAGCAUGCAUUAAACCCUGGGCUUGUUUACAAUGCAUCCGAAGCAGAUUAUAUUAACUUCCUCUGCAAGCAAGGUUACAACACUACCACUCUCAGAAUGAUCACUGGUUCCAACAGCAGUGUUUGCAACAGCACCACACCUGGAAGAGCCUGGGAUCUUAACUACCCAACUUUUGCCCUAGCCGUGGAAGAUGGCCAGCCAAUUCAGGGAGUCUUUACUAGGACAGUUACCAAUGUUGGUAAUAGCUAUUCAACCUACACUGUCAGCACGUACAUGCCAUACUCUGUUAGCAUCACUGUGGAGCCCUCUGUUCUGACAUUCUCUAAAAUCGGAGAGAUGAAAACGUUCACAGUGAAGCUCUAUGGACCGGUGAUUGCGCAGCAGCCAAUCAUGUCAGGUGCAAUCACCUGGAAAGAUGGGAACGGUCAUGAGGUGAGAAGCCCCGUGGUUGUAUACAAUAUCCUCCCUGGUUACGAGUAUGGGAUACCCACUUCCUCCAUGACAACACAGAAAACAGACAAAUUUGAAGGCCCUUCCAUGUAUCACAAGACCGGUAUCCUCGGACGCCACUAACGCACUAAACCCAUUUAUGAUUUCUUACGCUGAGGUUUCUGUUACUCCAGUUAGCUUUCAAAUGUGUACUGCUCCAGCUUGAUUGAAAUAAAAUUGAUCAGACUCCGAAGUCUUCGACUUGAA